UUAACGACUUCUCAUAAACCCGCAAAUUCUAACAGAGCCUUUGCUUCACUGUCGCCAACUCGCCGCCUGCUACCUACAACGAAUCAAAGAGGCUAAAUCUCAUGGAAGAAGGCACUUCGUUUUUGUUCGCCGGCGUCAGCUUCAACCGGAAGAAGUUCGCCGUCGAUUUCUCCAGAUUCCAGAAGAAGAAAGAGAGUGAGAAAACGAUAGAAGAUUUGAGCUUCCUUGAAAUUGCAAAACCUGAAGCAGAGCAGGAGGAGGAGGAAGAGGAGGAGCCAGUGGUGCCUGUUAAGAAGAGGAAGCGGAAGGCGGAAGUAUCCGAGCCUGUGGAGGGAAUCAGUGUGUUUAAGACCUCAAAAUCAGCUAAGGCAGCGAAGAAAGAGAUAGAGAAACCUCUCAUUGAACGCUCGGAGCAGAAAAAGAAGUUAAAUAAGCAACUUGAGCGUGAUUCAUUAUUGAGAAAGGAUCAUAACAUUCAUGUGUCCGGGAAUAACAUUCCUUCGCCGCUUGAGAAUUUUUCGGAACUAAGCUCAAGAUAUGGAUGUGAAUCAUAUUUACUUCGCAAUUUGGCUGAACUUGGAUUUAAAGAACCAACACCAAUCCAAAGGCAGGCUAUUCCAGUCCUCUUAUCUGGCCGGGAAUGCUUUGCUUGUGCUCCAACAGGAUCUGGAAAAACCCUUGCUUUUGUUUGCCCCAUGCUUAUGAAACUUAAGCAUGCAUCUAAGGAUGGCAUCCGAGCUGUUAUUCUUUGUCCUACACGUGAAUUAGCUGAUCAGACAACCAGAGAGUGCAAAAAGAUGGCAAAAGGAAAUAAAUUCUACAUCAAGUUAAUGACUAAAGAGUUUGCAAGAAAUUCUGAUUUUUCAAAAAGACCUUGUGAUAUACUCAUUUCUACUCCACUUCGUUUACGGUUGGCUAUCCGGAAAAAAAAGGUUGAUUUAAGCAGGGUUGAGUAUCUGGUGUUGGAUGAGUCUGAUAAGUUAUUUGAGCUUGGCUUGUUAAAGCAGAUUGAUUCUGUGGUCAAAGCAUGUUCAAACCCUUCAAUAAUACGAUCCUUGUUUAGUGCUACCUUACCUGAUUUCGUUGAAGAGCUUGCACGCACUAUAAUGCAUGAUGCUGUUCGAGUUAUCAUUGGCAGGAAAAAUACUGCUUCCGAGACUAUCAAGCAAAAACUGGUUUUUGCUGGAAGUGAAGAAGGGAAACUUUUAGCACUUCGUCAAAGCUUUGCAGAGAGUCUGAAUCCACCAGUGUUGAUAUUUGUACAAAGCAAGGAGCGAGCUAAGGAACUCUAUGGAGAACUGUUGUUUGAGAACAUAAGAGUUAGUGCCAUACAUUCUGAUUUGUCGCAAACACAGCGAGAAAAUGCUGUUGAUGACUUCAGAGCUGGAAAAACAUGGGUUUUAAUUGCCACUGAUGUUAUUGCUCGUGGUAUGGAUUUCAAAGGUGUCAACUGUGUGAUUAAUUAUGACUUUCCAGAUUCUGCUGCUGCUUACAUUCACAGGAUUGGUCGAUGUGGAAGAGCAGGGAGGAGUGGAGAAGCUAUUACUUUCUACACAGAGGCAGAUAUUCCAUAUUUACGGAAUAUAGCUAAUGUGAUGUCCGCAUCAGGUUGUGAGGUUCCGUCUUGGGCCAUGGCCUUGCGCAAACAGAAGUGGAAAAAGCACCGUCCCGGAAGAGAAUCAAUAUCAACUCAACCGAAAGAUGAGCAAGAAUCUACCAACAAAAAAAAGAAGAAAGAUGAGCAAGAAUCUAUCAACAAAAAAAAGAGAAGAAAGAUGAGCAAGAAUAGAGCAAUUGUCGGAGGUAGGGAGUUAUCUCUAGUCGACAGUUCCAAAACAUAGAUUUCUUGUAAACCAGAUUUUGCAUUUUUUGACUUCGAGGCAACCUUUUGUUAUAGAUGAAUUUCAUUGGCAAAACGGAUGAUGAUAUUUGUUAUUGGCUAUUGGAGAGUUGGGGAUACUGUACGGAUGAUAAUGUAUAACGAUUAUUAUUUACAAAUUGAAGUUGCAAACAAAA